AUGGCGAUGCUCAUGAUGGAACAUUCCGAACCGGCCAUGCAGCUAGAGAAUCAGCUGUUUGCCUUACCGGCUACACUGACUGACCGCUGGCGUACCGAACAUGAAAAACUAAAUCCGACGACAAUUUUGACGGACAAUGGAUCCGCUGGGGACAUUAAUUUCUUUAUUCCACCUAGUACGGCUGGUCUGCUCAGUUUGGCGGACAUGAUACUGGAGCUGGAAGUGGGUAUCAAAGUGCGAAAAACUACCGGUGACUGGGAACUGGUUACAGCGGAUGAUGGGGUGGCACCGAUUAAUAACUUUUUGCACUCGCUCUUCUCGUCAUGCCAUGUGACAGUAGCCAACCGAUUGAUCUCGGAUGCGGCAACAUUCUACCCGUACCGGGCUUAUUUUGAAUCGUUGCUGUCGCACAACAAAGAGGCCCAAAGCAGUCAGCUAACUUCCGCUGGAUUUUAUCUGGACACGCCAGCUAAACACAAUGACGAAACGUCUAACCAAGGAGAAAAAAACCGAAAAUCCCUGUUUCAAACCGGACAAUACGUUCAACUUUCCGGUAGACUAUUUUCCGACAUAUUUGAUCAAAUUAAGCCGCUUUGCACGGGUGUUCCUGUGAAUAUCCGGCUAGUGGUUAGUCGCCCGGAAUUUGCGCUACGAGUAUGGGAUAAGGAUGCCACGAAAACGUUUAAGCCAUUCAUUCGGAAUGCCCGAUUAUCCGUUCGACGCUAUAUUCCCUCCCCGGAUUUUUUGACAGCCGUUGCUGGCGAAUUAUUAAAGAAAACCGUCAAGUAUCACAUUGAGCGAGUAGUUAUGCGCGUUUCGGACAUUCCCCAGAAGACACAGAGCACCGUGGUUAGCAAUUUGCAAAUUGGGCAAAUACCUAAAAUUGUUUUCAUUGGAUUUGUCGACAGCGAAGACUUUCACGGAUCCAGUAAAAAGAAUCCGUUCAAUUUCCAGCACUUUAACAUCACGCAAAUUAGUGUGGAAGUUGAUGGUCAGAGCUAUCCAACUAAACCGUACAUGUGCGACUUUGAACGGAACCUAUCUUUGGAGUGUUAUGAUGGAUUGCUCGAUACUUUGGGACAUCGACCCAGCUUACACGGUGGACUACCAUUCAACCGCACCGAGUACAAUCAAGGCUACACCGUAUUUGGUUUUGAUCUCACUCCCGGACAUACCGGUCGCGGACCACUAACGCUUAUUAAGCAAGGAAAUCUGAGCGUUUCAGUUUCUUUCGCCAAACCAUUAACGACAACGAUCAUGAUGGUGUGCAUGUUGAUUUACGAUAGCAUUAUCGAAAUUAACCAACAUCGCCAGCUAAUUGCUGAUUUUUCAACAUGA